UGUCAAUCUCCAAUGCAAAUCUCAUGUCUCACUUCCUUUUCAAUCUGGUUCUGGGAUGGGGGUUGGUGAAGUUUUGUCUUAAAGGAAAAACAUCAUGUAAAAACUUCAAAACAAUCGAAAAGAGCAAACCUUUUUGUCAUUCAUCUAGCUCCAUGUGGUGGGAACUAAACUGAGGCCAAACAAAGAGCGAAUGGCAAGGAAAGUUUCAAAUUAGCUUUUAAACGGCAGCUGAUACCAUGCAGGUGACAGACGGUCCCAGACACUCCCCUGUGUUUCUGCCGCCGCUCAAUGGGAACAGCCACAGGUCACCGGGGUAUGUGCCUGGGAGAAUUGCCCCAGUCCGAUCCCCACCUCCACCAAAGAUCUGCCCCUCUCUGAAGUCCCCGGACCCCCAGGAGAACCACACCAGCUUCACAUUCACCAUCGAGGAGCAGAGGAGAGGAAGAGCAGGCGAGAGGAAGAGGAGGAAAUACACUUUGAUCUGUUUCGCCAUUUCUGUGUUUGCAUUCUUCAUUGCACUAAUUCUUAUACUCAGCUUGACAACGAGAGAUGUUAUAGAUGAAAACUGCCCACACCACAACCCCUCCCUUAGCAACUGGAAUCCAGGACAUGAUCCAAAGAGAGAUGUAAUUAUCAGGAAAGGAGACUUGCUUCGCUUGGAGUCAUCAGCUGCACUCCGCUCUUUAAUCAUUAAGGAAGGAGGUUUGCUGGUGUUUGCUGACAACGCAGAGGGCUCCAGGAACAUCUCUUUAAGAGCUCGACAUGUCCUCAUCGAGGCUGGCGGUGCCUUACAUAUCGGCGCUCCCGAAUGCCGCUACAAAUCCAAAGCCACCAUCACCUUGUUGGGCAGAUCGGAAGAAGGCGAGGGAGUUCCAGGCUUUGGGAGGAAGUUCAUUGGAGUGAAAGCUGGCGGGACGCUGGAGCUACAUGGCCUGCAGAAGCUCUCCUGGACACUGCUGUCUCAAACACUGCCAUCUUCUGGCCUGACUGCUGGGGUGUACGCCUUCGAGAAGAACUUCAGCCGCGGCAUCAAUUUCCGAGUGAUAGACCAAGACACGGCGGAGGUCUUAAUCAAGCAGAGGUUCGAUACUCACGAGUCCAGAAAUGACAGCAGAUCCCUCCACGAGCUCCUGAAAUCCCUCCCUCCUGGGCGUAUUGUGGCCUUAGCUGUGGGCGACUCGGCUGUUAAGAGCUUGCUGGAGGAAACCAAGCAAACGAUACAGGAUUUACUGGGAAGCUCUUUUGUCAGUGAUUUGAAAUACAGGCAGGCCUGGGCUCUGGUCGGAGUGGUCGGCGGCGGCAACGCCUCCUGCAGCGAGGACGUGCGGGAACACGAGAACCACGAUACCGGGGGGCGAGCUGUGGCCCGCAGGGAGUUUCUCACAGUGGACGGAGUCAGGUUCUCCGUCACUGCCUACAGCGAGUGGAAAAAUGGCUAUCCGAUUUCCGGUUUCCAAGUGGAUGUUGUGGAUGGAGUAGUAUUGCACCUAAACGACGACGUUCAGAGCUGGGGUCCAGGUGACCGGAUCGUCAUUGCCAGCACUGACUAUUCCAUGCACCAAGCUGAAGAGUUUACCCUCUUGCCCUGUCCAGAGUGCAGCAAGAAGCAGGUCAAAAUACAGGGAAAGCCUCAGUUCCUGCAUGUAGGUGAGAUCAUUGAUGGGAUUGAUAUGAGAGCGGAAGUUGGUCUCCUCACCAGGAACAUCCUUAUCCAGGGGCAGAUGGAAAAUUCCUGCUAUGGAAACAACCUGUGCCAGUUCUUCAGCUAUGAUUCCUACGGAGGACACAUCAAGAUUUUAGGGAAUUUCACGUCUGUGCAUUUGUCUCACAUCGAGCUGAAGAACAUGGGCCAGCAGGUGAUGGGCAGCUACCCAGUGCACUUUCACCUGUGUGGAGAUGUGGAUGAGAAGGGGGGAUACAGUCCCCCAACGUACAUCGAGGGUCUUUCGAUCCACCACUCGUUUUCCCGCUGUGUUACCAUCCACGCCACCAACGGCCUGUUGAUAAAGGACACUGUAGCCUAUGACACGCUGGGACACUGUUUUUUCCUGGAGGAUGGAAUUGAACAAAGGAACACCCUGUACCAUAACCUAGGACUGGUGACAAAGCCCGGCACACUCCUGCCCACAGACAGGAACGACACCAUGUGCACUUCCAUUAGAAGCAAAGUGUAUGGAAACUAUACCCCUGUGCCAGCAACCGACUGCAAGGCAGUUGCUACUUUCUGGGUGGCUAAUCCCAACAAUCACUUGAUCAGCAAUGCUGCUGCAGGCUCCCAGGACGCUGGGAUCUGGUAUGUGUUUCACAGCAUGUCGACAGGAGACACACAUGGACUGGUUCCAGAAACUAAGGCAGAGCUGACUCCAUUGGGGAUAUUCUAUAACAACCGAGUGCAUUCCAAUUUCAAGGCAGGUCUUUUCAUUGACAAGGGAGUGAAAACCACAAAUGCAAGCGCCGCGGACCCCAGAGAGUAUCUUUGCUUGGACAACAGUGCCAGGUUCCGUCCGCACGAGGGCAGAGAUCCAAAGAAGCCACGUGUUGCUGCUGUCAUUGACCGUCUAAUAUCUUUCAAGAACAACGACCUGGGAGCGUGGAUCAGAGGAGGGGACAUUGUUGUUCAAAACUCAGGUUUUGCUGAUAAUGGUAUUGGACUAUCAUUUGCAAGUGAUGGAAGCUUCCCUAAAGAUGAAGGGUCCAGUCAGGAAGUAUCGGAAUCCCUAUUUGUUGGUGAAAGCAAAAACUAUGGUUUCAAUGGUGGGCAAAACAAGUACUGGGGAGCAGGAGGGAGUGAAAACAGAAACAGAACUCUGCCAAGGAACAGAACCUUCCCAAUUCGAGGGUUUCAGAUCUACGACGGUCCGGUUCGCCUCAGCAAGAGUACCUUUAAGAGCUAUGUCCCUACUGCUGACAGAUUCACAAGUUCAGUCGGCUUCUUUCUGAAGAACCCUUGGCAGCUAACACCUAAGAACAACAUCUCAUCUGUCAGGUUUGAAGACAGUGUGUCCUUAAAGGUUUUCUUUGGGAAACCGGGUCCUUGGUUUGAAGAAAACGAACUGGAUGGAGACAAGAACUCAAUAUUCCAUGAUGUGGAUGGAUCUGUAACGGGAUAUCCAGAUACUUACGUGGGCAGAAUGGACAACUCUCUGAUUCGACAUCCAGAGUGCAUUAACAUCACUCAGUGGAAUGGAGUAAUAUGCAGUGGCAGAUAUUCCCAGGUCUUCAUUCAGACAUGGGGCUCUCAGAAUUUAAGCAUGUCCAUGUCCAGGGAUGAGUACCCCAACAAUUCUAUGGUGCUGAAGGGAAUCAACAGCCAGCGAGCUGCCUUCCAGCAGUACCAGCCAGUGGUCAUGAUCGGCAAGAGCUACACCGUUCACUGGAAUGGCAAGGCGCCCAGAGACACAGUGCUGUAUCUCAUUAAUUUUGACAAAGGUGACUGGAUUCAGGUUGGCCUUUGCUACCCUACAGACACUACAUUUCAAAUUGUGUCCGACAUCAACGACAGGCAGAACAACACCUUUGACAAUAUAGAGGACUAUGGACCUGUCAGUUCCCUGGAGGAGUUACAGAAAAGACAAUUGGACAGGAAGUACUUUUUUGACAAGAGCACUGGGCUUUUGUGGUUGUUCCUGUAUGCCAGACACAGCAGAGACGGUCACAGUUACUGCUCCCGCGUGGGCUGUGAGCGACUGAAGAUCAUCGCCACGACAACCUCGAAAGAGAUCAGCAACUGCAUGGCAAAAGCUUACUCAAAUAAUCCGAAACCCCCAAAGGCUCUUAUUCCAAUGCCACCACCUACCACAACACCGUGCAAAAACUGUGGAGCUUCUAUGUUGGUCUUCACAAGUGAUCCUCACAAAAUCUACCUCCAGGCUCAGAUUAAGUCCAUCAGCAGUGAAGAGCUACAAAACGGCAAUGAAGAAUCUUUCAUCACCGUAAAUGCUGAAAAGUUCCCCUUCACAGAGUCUGGAUUUUUUCUGGUUACUGUGGAUGCUUGCACUGGCCGAGUGACAAAGAAAUCAGUGUUCCCCGAGCUGGAAUCUAAAAUGGAACAGUAUUUGAAGACUGGAAUUCCUGAGAGGUCAGUUGUUCUUCUUGGAACUCGAGCAGUGCAGAAGGGGCUUGGCAGCAUUGCUCGGUAUUUUGUCACACUGGGAACAGCCAAAGAGGCAGAUCUGAAAAAUAAAGAAAGCUUGGCCUUCUUUGGGUUCCGGGGACCAGUCAGAACCUCUUGGGCUCAGCUUUUUACGGGUCUGAAAGGAGAGAAGCUGGGGCUACUGGAGAAAUACAUUCCCCUCCAGCUGGAGGACUACUCCUGCGCCAAAACUGACUCGCCCAGAAGGAAAGACUUGGAACUUCUGAAGAGAGCUUUAAGCAAAAACUAAACUCCAAAUGUGAAUAGAAUGAAUGUGAACUUGCUAAGUUAUUUUAUUUAUAAUAUUUCAAGGACCGUGCGUUUAACUAUUUGUUUACGGUGUUCAAAGGUUAUCGAGUUUUAUGUUGCAAACUAGAGAUCUCAGAAGCAAUGUGUUGCACUUUCUUCAAGACUGAAUCAAUAUCCCACACACCUUUCACCGUUCAAGUGGAAAUAUGCACAGGAGGGAGAAAUCCUGUUAAAAACUAUAGCCAAAAAUACAACUUCAUUUAACUUGGCUUCUUCCCAGUAUGAAAACAGAAAUCAGGAUAAGUAUUAUACAGUUUAAUACAUUUAUUUUUGUCCUUAAUAUGUCAGGGAAAAAAUUAAAGGGGAAACUUUUGCCACAAGAUUACCAUUUUUUGCUCUGGGUGCUUGCAACAGGUUUUCUGCUCAUAAAAGUAAUGUGUUUAGUCUCUUGCCAGUUUAAUCUCAAUUGUUGCUUGUUUGCAUAUGGGAUUUUGAAGCAUAGUAUUCAGAAUUGUGCAAUUUGUAAAUUUUACUAUGUACUAUAAGUAUACAGCAUAGCAGUGUAGAUUCUAAAUCUUAGAGUGUACAGUAUACUGUUAUUCAGUUUACUAUAUGUACUCUGGGAAUAUUUGAUUCAUCUUCAUAUUUUCAAAAAAUGUUUUUCUGUGUGGCAAUCUGCAGUAAAUAUUAUUUUGUGAUUCUAAGCAAUGGAUAAGCUUAGGAUGGAUAUGGAUAAAAAACUUUUAGAAAACUUUCCUAUAGGUUAUCAUGCUGACAUAAAUUAAGGACAGGUCAAUACCAAAGUCAUUGUUGCCCAUAGCAUUCUAGUUUUAUAUCUAAAAAUUGUCUUGUAAAUGUUCCUCAUGCUUGGAUUGGCUUUUAAAUGUGGGAGCAGGACUCCUUGUUCUGCAGUUUAUAGAGAUUGUAUUUUCAGAAAGAGUAAAUGUAAUAUUUAUCUACAUUACUUUAUAAUAGCAACAAUUACACCAGCUGCUAUUACACAUGUUGCUAUUACUAAGUUUACUAGAUAAAAUAUAAGAACUUGAAAAAUUGUUUUUUUAUAAAAAUUACGUUUUGAAUUUUGUGGAUGUCUUAGUUAAUGGUAAGUUACUUAUACUCUAGUGCAAAAAGUAAUGUAAAAGAAGAUUUAUGCAGUAAUUAGCGGUCUUUAACUGGAAGAAUUUUUAACCACUGUACUUUGUUUUUUUUUUAAACUUUUAAAGAGGCACACUGCCAUGAAUUCAUGGGCUGUAUUUUAAUAGAUGUUUUAAGCAACAACAAAUAAUACCACAGGUUUUUGUGUGGGCUUUACCAUUUUAUGGGUAGCGUUACUUCUUAAGAAUUGUAUCUCAUUUAAAGAUGCAUUUUAAUUUGCAAAGUUUAUGAAAGGGUGAUUUUCAUGUUUAAUUAUACCUGCUUUAAAUUUCAACAUGUACAGUAAACACUGAGGCAAAGAAAGAAAGUAGUAUUAUUAAUAUUUCAAUCUGUGUCCUGACUUUCAUUUCAGUAGUUAAUGUUGAAUUGCCCUUGGUUGUGGAAUGUGAAGGAGACACAUAUCAUGUUUUAUAUUUCCUGUGGUGCCUGACAUUUAUUCUGUUAUUAGGGUAUUUGGAAGGAUGUUAACUAAAAAAAACAAAUGUAAAUAUUUAUAGUUUGUAAUAAAGGAACACUAUAUUUCCUGAGCUCA